UACCAAACGAAUCGGACGCGCCAGCGCUUCAGUGGAGGUUCAGAACUGGGAUGUUUACCCAAAAACUGUAUAUACCAAGUGCUUAAGAACCUUUUAAAAAAAAGUGAUUAUUUUCAGUAUUCGGUUUAAAGUCAGUUCGAUUUUUAAAGUUGGCUUAAAUCCUGUGUUUCGUGUUGAUUAAAUAUUAAACAGUGAAUCCUUCGUUGCUUUUUGGUGUUAAGUGUGUACCAAAGACUUGAGUGGUUUCAACUUAAAACGAUCUAAUUUGGUUUAGUUUAAAUUUCCGAAACUUUCUUUUUGACACCUCCCAUUACUUGCAUCUUCUGAUCCCUUUCGUCACUCAGAGGAUGCCUGCACGGAAUCCCCAGCUUCAGCCAGCGUAAACUCAAAUUCAAAUCCAAAUCUAUUUCGAAACUUUCGUUUAAUCAACAAGUUACGUUCGCUUACCCCUUGCUUCAGAAACUUGAAAGGAGCUCGCUCUGUCGCUCCCUAAAGCGGAUCUCGAGUGCGAUGCUGGUUUAGGCCAAGAACUGGAAUGGCAGGUGGUGCUCAAAGGGAAUCGCAAAUUGAAGGCAACAUCGCGGCUUGAGGUGACGACCGACUGACUGCCAUUUUCCGGUGUUUUGAUUUCGCUUUCCCGGCCCGCAAUGCGGCAUUAAUCGCACAACUUUGGACCCUCCUUCCGCUUCGAUUUAUGUUCGCUGCUCAAAGUUGCGGCGCGACAGAGCAAUGUGCUUUUAAUAAUUUAUAUUAAUUUUUAAAACGACAAAAACCAAUCGCGCAAAGGGAAUUUAAUUAAAGCAUCGCAAACAUGGCAAUGGAAUGGAUAACUGCAAUGGACAAACGUCCUUGCGACCGAAACCUGCGUGAUGUGGAGCUCAUUUCGUGCCGCCUGCGUCGCGUGGAGCCGCUGUGUCGCCUUCCGGGAUCUGCGCUCCAGCAGUUGGCCAUGUGCGGGUUCUACGAGGACUUGGAGAAGGGAGUGACUCUUUUUCGUGCCGGCGAACAGGGUCGCUUUUGGUAUGCAGUGCUCGGUGGAUCGCUGGAGGUGCGAUACCAUGCCCAUGCGGAUGGCGAUGGCAAGAGCUCAGUCACCCUGUGCAACCUGGGCGUGGGUGCCACAUUCGGGGAGUCCGUACUGCACGACUUGCCGCGGGACAGCACCGUAGUGACGAAGACAACCUGCGAACUGCUGCGCGUGGAGCAGCAGGACUUCCGCCUUAUUUGGGAGAAAAACAAGGAGUUGAUGAAUGACAUUUUCACCAAUUGCAAAUUGAAGAACGGCUUUGGACCAAGUGUGCAAGCAUCGGCAACGGCCACAUCGCCCACCAAGAGACCCCUCAGUCCCGACCAUCCGAACCCAGCGCUGCCCAUUACCGAGACGCCGAGUCCUGCUAUGAACCGCAUGGGCUGGGCCCUAAGAACUCUACUCGUCGCCGACAACUCCAGUUGUUUGAAGGAUCGCAAGGUCUCUGGCAAGCUUAUCCGCAAGUGCGCCCCCGGCACCGAGCUCGUCGACUGGCUGGUCAACCUCUCGCCCAUCGUCCACACCCGCGCCCAGGCGGCGGGCAUGUGGCAGGCUCUCGUCGAGGAAGGAGUUCUCGCACACGUAAAUAAGGAGCAGCCCUUCAAGGACAAGUGCUUUCUGUACCGCUUUCGCAUCGACGAGGAGGGCGGAACGGCGGCAGCGGGCGUGCCCCAGGCGGAGGAUCUCGGAGCGGCCAACGAACACAUCCGCGAGGCGCUGAGCGCCCUGUUCCAGCGCGGUCCGGAUGCCACACUGCGUAUGAUAUUGCGCAAACCUUCGCACGAACGGACAUCGGAGGAGCUGGAGCUGGUCUUUGAGGAACUGGUCCACAUAGCCGCACUCUCCCACUUGUCGACCAGCAUUAAGAGGGAGCUGUCGUCGAUUUUCGUAUUCGAGGCUCAUGCCCAGGCGGGUACAAUAUUAUUCAAUCAAGGCGACGAAGGACGCUCCUGGUACAUCCUGCUCAAGGGAUCUGUGGAUGUUGUGAUACACGGCAAGGGAACUGUUGCCACACUGAAGACUGGGGAUGAUUUCGGGAAGCUGGCCUUGAUAAACGACGCACCCAGAGCUGCUACCAUCGUACUCAAGGAGAACAAUUGCCACUUGCUGCGCGUGGACAAGGAGCACUUCAACCGGAUACUCCGCGAUGUGGAGGCCAAUACCCUGAGAUUGCAGGAGCACGGCAAGGAUGUUUUAGUGCUCGAGCGCGUGGCCAAGCAACGUGGACAGCAUUCGGCAUUUAAAUACACGGUGAUGUCGGGCACUCCGGCCAAGAUGCUGGAGCACCUGCUGGAGACGCGACUGGGCCAGUCGGUGGGCGGAAUGGACCCCUUUCUGGACGACUUCCUGCUGACGCACAUUGUAUUCAUGCCCGUCGUGCAGCUGGUUGAUGAAUUGGCCAAUUACUUCCAUUGUGAUGCCCAUGAGGAUGCCCAGACCCCCGAGGAUCGUGAGUAUAUAAUCAACUUCAAGAAGCGCGUGAUCCAGUUCAUGCAGAAGUGGGUCAUGGCCGUGCGCCACGCCGCCUUCGAGGAGCCCAGCGUCUGCGACUUCAUCGAGGACCUCGCCGCCGAGGUGGAGGCCGAUCCCGACCUGAACGAGGAGACCAGCAUAGUGCACAACGUGCUCACCCAGAUGGCUCGCUACCAGGAGGACCGCAACCAGAACGCCGGCCAGAAGUGGAAGCUGCCGCCCAACGGCCAGCCCAUCUGCCUCUUCAGCGGCAAUGCGACGCCAUCGAAGACGGUUAUUCGGCCUGACGAUGACAUAAUUUUCAGGGUCUAUUGCGCCGACCACACCUACUGCACCCUACGAUUCCCCAUGCACACCACGGCGGAGCUUAUCAAGGCGUGUGCCGCCGACAAGCUGCAGCUGAACCGGGGUCCCGAGGACCUCGUCCUCGUGGAGGUCCGGUCGAACGGAGAGCGCUCCGUGUUCAAGGACAACGAUGUCAGCAUACCGACGGGCCUGUCGCUCAAUGGGCGAUUGUUUGUCUCCGUCAAGGAUCACCUAGAUGCCUUGACCCAGCUGCAGGAGCAGGAAGGACCCACCGAGGGCGUGGACAUCGACCUGGAGAUACUGAGCACCAAGGAGCUGGCCUACCACAUCACCCUGUUCGAGUGGGACCUCUUCUGGGCCGUUCAUGAAUACGAAUUGCUUUACCACACCUUCGGGCGGCAUCACUUUGGCAAGAUCACUGCCAACUUGGAUGUCUUCCUGCGACGAUUCAACGAAGUUCAGUACUGGAUUGUCACCGAACUGGUGAGCACGCCCAGCUUGAGCAAACGCGUGGGCCUGGUCCGGAAAUUCAUCAAGCUGGCCGCCUACUGCAAGGAGUAUCAGAAUCUGAACGCCUUCUUCGCCGUGGUAAUGGGCCUCUCGAACAUGGCGGUGUCCCGGCUGCAGCAGACCUGGGAGAAGAUCCCAUCGAAGUUCAGGAAAAUCUUCCAGGAGUUCGAGGCCCUGAUCGACCCCAGCCGCAACCACAGGGCGUACCGCGUGUUUGUGGGCAAGCUGCAACCGCCGCUCAUUCCGUUCAUGCCGCUGCUGCUCAAGGACAUGACCUUUGCCCACGAGGGCAACAAGACCAGUCUGGACGGCCUGGUGAACUUCGAGAAGAUGCACAUGAUGGCCCAGACGAUGCGCACCAUCCGCUUCUGUCGCUCCAGGAGUCUGGGUCUGGAACCACCUUCACCGAAGAGCGAGGGCGAGGUGAGGUCGUACAUCAGCUGCUUCCGCGUCAUCGACAACCAGCGGGUGCUCACCGCCAUGUCCCAGAAGGUGGAGCCCACCAGGAAGCUCUAAGCCGGAAAGGCCCCCUUAUCCGAUUAGCCGUAGCCUGUAUUAAGUGUCUAACCCUGAGUGUGUGUUAAUCAAACCGCAAUUAGCUGCACAGUUAUGAGCUUAGCCGGGUGGUUCUCGGGAAGCCAAUUGGCGCCAUGGCCACCAAAGCCCGGACAAACUUUCAUCCGCAUCCGCAUUCGCAUUAGCUUAAGCAACAGUGUACUCUAUAUGUACAUAUAUGUAUCUAUGACCCGACUAAGAACUAUCUCAAUCUUCUAAUGAACUGAAACCCCAAAGCAUUUCAAUGCAAACGAGAAACUUUUCGCUUUAGUACAAAACGAUAGAUGGAAAACAAAUUUAAAAUUCGGAAAUCCCGGCGCGGAAACCGAAACGAAUAAAAACAAAACUUGGACGUGUGUGAUACUAAACAUUUAGAGGAGGCGACAUCAAAACAAACAGCACUAAACUGCAUAAUUUCCUACAAAACUUUACUCUAUACAUCCUACGCAAGCUAGUAAAAUAAUUUGUAAAAUUGUAUAUCGUAUCCAAGAGCAUGGAAUCUAUUUUUUUAAAAACCCUAAACUAAAACCAACUAUUAAACAGUCUAGUUGAAGCUAGUUAUUAACAUGUAAGCCACGUAGCGGAUAAGUUAUUUUAUUUAAAUUUUCACAUUUUUCUAUCGUUUGGAAAUUCUAUACCCCUAAGUACUGCAACUCGCAAAUAAAAUACGAAACCAUUUAUUAAUAUUUAUUUAAACAACCAUGAUUUGUUUUAUUUUGUAGAAAUUUCAGCCCUUGUUUAUGUUAAGUAAGCUAUAAAAUACGCAUAUAUGCCAAUGCAUACAAAACAUUAAACACUGGAGAGGGACCUUAUUAGUUGUAGUUUUGUACAUAAAUACGUGUAAUACCAAUUACAUUUACCAUUGCAAUUGUGUUCAAAAUACGGGGAGUACUUUGUAUUGACUUUCAAAAUUUAAGCCACAAUAGUUUCAAAUCUAAUUAAAAUGUUUAAAUUAUUCACUUCUGUACAUCUUGUCAACAAAGAAUAUUAAAUUUGCAUGAAUUUUGAUCAUUAAAAAUUGAUCGUUAUCAUCAAAUAAAACAAAUGUAAACUUUCCCUAAGAAGGGGGUUUGGAGCUACCUAUAUUUGAACACAGAUGUAAAACGGUAAUAUAUUUGAUGUAAUUAUAUACUCGGUACUCGAAGAACACAAGGAAAUAUGAAAUUUGUUCAAAUAUAUGAAAAGAAAUGAAUCGUUUUUUCACUAACCAAGCAUUUCAUCUCCGUAUGUUUGUAUUGUAUACGAUCUUGAAGUCUGUAGAAACAAAUCCAUCAUUGAAAUAAUAAGAUAAAAGUCAAUUUUAAUUGCACCGAGUAGCGAGUAUCUAAAAGUCGUGCAUCCGACUUUAGCGUUUUGUCUUUCGCAAAUGUCAACCUCUAGUGAAUCCGAUUUGGUCCCUGGGGUUUGGCGUAAGAUAGGGAAAAGUCCUGUAAAGGUAUUAGGUCCCUUAUGCCAAACCCAAUGGUCCAAACGCACUUUCUAGUAAGAUGUCGUAGAUAAUCCUGUACUUGUAGUUACCAUUCUAACCCAACUCCUCUCCCAAGUAAAGGUCUCUCAAACAACGAUUUAUCACAUAAAAAAAAACACCACUCCUAGAUGUAACCAAAACUUUGACCAUGAUGCGUAGAAUAUAAUUGUCGUAUUAAUAAAAAUCUUUUUCUUUACGUACUUCAAUCAGACAAACAAUAUAUUCAAAUACAAUCCAAGACAUUAAGUAUCCAGUGGUUUCUCCUCCAAAAAAAAUAAUACAAAGCAAAAGCAAACGAAUUUUCAAUAAAACUUUUAUAGAUAUAGCGAACCGAUUCAAACGAAACAAUACUGUUUAGUUUAUAGUCAUUGAGAUGUAAAAAUUUAUAUUGAUUUACAAGGAACGCAACACCAAUUUUAGUAUGGUAAAGUUUGUAAGUAGAAUUCGAAAGCCUUUAAUUACUUUAUCUACACCAUGUGCUACGGGUAGAAUCUACUACAAUCAUCCACAUAGAAUUGUGUAGGCGUUAUAAACCCGACGCAACCUAACAAUCCUUUGAGGAAAAAUUUCGAAUAAAAUAAACCAACAUAGCAUAAAUGGGACGAGACGAAUAUAUUAUACAUAGAAUAUGUAUCUAAUUAAUCAAUAAACGUAGCAUGUAGAUCAUAGAACCCAUCCUAGUGUUAAGCAAUCGUUUCCGAUAAGAGGAAACCCUUAUGUGUCAAAACCAAGAAUGUUUCUAUAUUUUUGAGUACUGCUAUGCUAAAGUAAAUCCAACAAUACACCACCACUGUUGUUAUUGUUGUGCACUUCAAUAAUACAGAUAAACAUACUAUAUAUUGUAUAUAUACCAAUAUAUUAAUUAUGCAAGUACUCCAAAAAGGGAAAAUUUCAAAUUUUACUUGUGAUUCGAUUUGACAAUCUCAAAACAACUCUACGAACUUUUAAUUUCUCAAAUAUAAUCUAGGCACUUUGCAUAAAUUUAACAACAUUGGGUAACUCACGGAUGCACACAAGCCGAUAUAUUCAUGCUAUACGUAUAUACCUCCGUUACCAAAAUAUAGCUAAUGCCAAUCAGUCAUAAUCAGUCAAUAAAUGUUCGAGUCGUAACUAGUACUAACCACUAAAUGUUCAAAUCAGUGUUUACAUGUCUAACGCAAAACAAUCUUGAAAUUUACUUACCUACCACAUAGCAAAAUAGAUUAAAACUAAAUAGUUCGUAAUCGGGAUGAAAGAGACGGCUCCCAAGAGCUCACGGCAAGAAGACAACACCAACAAACCACUUAGAAGUAAUUAAAUCCAUCGAGCAUGGUAUAGACGUGCAUAUAUUGUGUAGCAUAAACAGAGAUCUUUUAACCGUACUAACAGAUUACAUAUUCUAAUAACAUGUAUACCCAAAUUGCGAAGAGCUAAGUGAGAUUUAUGCAAAGCAGAGUAAAUAUUUUAAUGGCAACCCUAAAUGUUACAACUAAGUGUAAACCAGCAUGUAUCUUUGAAUGUCUAACAUUUUGAACUCAACUAAUAUUCGAAUAAAGAUUUAUGUGUUAGCGAG